AUGAUGCAAGUGAGCUAUGCCACCAGCGCCGGCCCCAUCCCUGCCUUGGCUACAGGUUUGAGGCCCUCAAAGCCCCUCAGAAGGCCUGCGCCAGAGCGCUCUGUGGCAAAGGUGGUCCCUGCCUCAGUGGCCUUUGCCUGCUGCGGCCUGCUACGACAACGAAAGCGUCGAGCUGCCAGACUCGCCUGCUCUGCGGUGCGGAUGCAAGAGACACAGCACUCUCGGGCUGUGAGAAAGUGGCUGAAGAAAGUGGUUAUUGGUUUGGGCUUCUGCCCUUGGGCAUCCCCUGCUGACAUACGAGUGGUCACCAGCAUGUCCAGAACGGCCAACGAGGUGCUCGCCGACUUGGCGGAGGAGGCUGAGGAGCUCUGGCGACCGGGCUCCAGCAACUCCAAGACCACCCUUGUGGUCUGCCCACAUGUAAAGGCCUGGGCCGAAGACUUCCGACAUUUCCAUGCCUUCUACACCUGGCAUCUCGACGGCGGCUUUGCAAUGGCGGAGCCCAUGGGCGUGAAAGUGGUGCCUUUCCACCCUCACUUCGCCAUGGCGCGUGCACCGCCGAAGAUGGGCGACACCAUCUUCGUUCCGGGGCCCGAUGGUCAAAAUGCCAGAGCGCUGGUCAUGGACCCGGACGUGGGCAAGGACGAAGCCGGAGAGUUCUGCAUGGCCGUGGAGUUCGAGACCGGUGAGCAGGGCCUCAUCCGUCACGCUUGCAUGAUGGCCAAGUCCAGUGAGGAAUCGACGGACCAAGACUUAGAAGACAAUUUCACUUCACGAGCACCACGGCCGGUGCUGCAUUUGCUGCGAAUUCCGGACUUGGAGCGGGCAGAGAGGGAGGCAAACCAAAGGCCUCCUCAGGGGAAGGAUGCCGACUCCGAUGCCGACAGCCCGGAAGAGGGCGAAAAUCCCCGCCGGGAGAUCGAUGAGCUGAUCAGUCCGACGAAGGAUGUGGUGAGCCGCAAUGCCACGACGACACAGACGUUGGGACCCCUGCGGCUGGCGGAGAUUCUAGAGAACUGCGGAUAA